AUGGCAAACAACCCGGGAUCCUCCGAGACCAUGAAACCCAUGGUCUACUACGACGUGGAAAUGCGCGACCCAUCCAGCUGCUGCGCCGUAAACCCAUGGAAGAGCCGACUGGCACUGAACUUCAAAGCAAUCCCGCAUUCCACCAAAUGGAUUCCGCUGCCGGAAAUCCCCAAAGUGCGACGCGACGAGCUUGGCGUGCCGCCGUGUCGCAAGUUCGCGGACGGGAGCGACUACUAUACCCUCCCGGUCCUUGUUGAUCCUAACACGGGCGACAAGGUUGGGGAUUCGUUGGAUAUUGCUAUCUACCUGCAGAAGAAGUAUCCGGGCUCAGGCGCGGGAGAUCUCUUUCCGUCUCAGAAAUUGGAUUAUUCUGUUAACCAGGAUCUUCCGCUCCUUGUUCCUCUGUCGGAUGAUAGGCAUAAGGGUGAUGAGUAUGCGGAGUACUCCCACUUCAACACGCACAUUGAUGCGGCGUUUACUGCCCACGUCGGGAUCAUGGCCUAUACUAUGCCCUUUCACCCGGACAGUGCCGAACCAAGCAAGGCCGAGUUUGUGAAGCGCGCUGGUGUAUCGUCUUGGGAUGACUUUGAGGUCAAGGGCGAGGCGCGACAGAAGACGAUGGACUCGUUCCGUGAUAUGUUGGGUGACCUUGCGAAGCUAUUCACGAAGGAUACCAGUGGGCCUUUUAUCCUGGGUACUCGGGCUACCUAUGCGGAUUUGAUUGUCGGUGGGUGGUUGCAUAUGUCGCGUGCGACUCUGCCUGGCAGUGAGUGGGAGGAGGUUAGAGGGUGGCAUGGGGGUGUCUUUGGGUGUUUGUAUGAUGCGCUGGAAAAGUAUGCGGAUGUAAAAUAG